ACCAAGAGAUGAUUCACACUCCAUUCACUCGUCUUUCACACACUUGGAAGAAGAUCUCGGCCCUCCUGUGACCCCAUCUGCUCCAGAUUCAGUUGAAAGUGAUGUGGACCAUGAAUUGUUUGAUUUGAGUCCAAGGAGAGCAGAAGAUCCAGAGGAGGAACUGAGUGUAAGAGUGUACAUGCAAGGUCUGAAACUAUCUGAGCCUCUCAGAUACACCUUACAGGACCCAGUUAAACACUGUUUAACAAACAAAUAUAAGCUCCCAGACCCAGUGAUAUUCUUCUCAGAACAGGAGUCAGAGCUGCCCAGCCCACCGUCUCCUACAUACAGAGGAUUGUCAGAUGAUUUGGAGACACAAUAUACUACAGAUUCAGAGGACCAGAGAGUUAUUACAGAAACACUGGAGGAUUCUGAGAACCUCAGGCCCAUCACUCCUACUGGAUCCUUGUCCGGCAGUGACCCUGAAAUGGAGCUGGGGCGUAGAUUUUCACCUCCUGCAGUUGAGGAGGUGGAGCUGCCGCACACGCCUGGUGGAUGUCUGGAAAUGGAGGAGGAUGAGGAUCAUAUUCUACCUCCAGGACCACCUACACCACUACCACCACCUCCUUCUCCCACAGGCAUCGAGGAACUUUCCUUCUCACCCCUUUACCACUGUCCUCCUCUCACUUUCUUAUACCCCGCAUAUGAGGAAACACCAAAAACACCAGGCUGCUUCAAUGGUCCCAGCCACGUUUAUCACUCUGAGGGAAUAACACCAACGGGAUUACUGCAAGAGACCUUACAAAGAAUGGGAAGCCCCUCUAACUCCAUUCUGUCUCCAUGUGCUGACAGCAUGAUUCCGAGGACUCCAGGGAGAGACAUGUCUCCAUCUCCACCUGUCCUAAACCAUGGAGAGAGAAACGUUCAGCAUAGAGAGCUGUGGACUAGUGGACUCAAUCAUCGCAGCUCCAGUUUUGCACAGUCAGAUGCACAAACUAACAAUUUUAGUAUAGAUAAUAGUCAUGCACCUCAUAACCGCCAUAUACCCUCAAAUCAAACAGCGUGUUUGGACUUGGCACGUUUGAAAAGGCGACGAGAGCGGCUUAAAAUGAGGAAACGAAUGAUUGAAUUACAAAGGAGAAGACAAUACCCAAAUAUGGACACUCAUUCGUCCUUACAAGUGAACAAUGUGACAACUAAAUCUUCUUCAAAUCAGGUUUUGGGGCAUUUGGAUCGUGUCUCAGAUAUCAGGACAGAACAAACACUACCAGAAGCUCAAAGACAGAAGCGUUUGCUAGAAGACAAACAUCAAAUGAAUGAGAAUCAAAGGCUUCAGGAGUCGUCAUGUGAAUGGAGAAAAUGGAGAGAAUCAUCAUCCACACGUCACCUCAUCUUCUCUCCACGCUCUGAGAGAAGAGAGAAGUUGGUCAUCCAUGCUGUGUGGACUAAAGGGGUGAAUGAGGAGGAGAUCAGGCACCUGAAGGCCACCUAUGAAAGGCUUGUGGUGCAGGAUAAAGACUGUGAUUGGUUGAGCAGAACACGCUGGAUCCCACAUCCUCAUAUCCUUAAACACAUAUAAACAAGUCAAAGUCAAAAUACUUGAUAAUGUAACCCAGACAGCAACAUAGUGUGGCCCAGAUCCGGCCCGCGUGUAAUCCACAUGUGGGCCGGAUCU